CCUUAUACAAGAGGUCUCUCACAAUACUGGUACUCGUUCAGUUCUAUUCUCCCUCCUACCGUUAACACUUCACGAGCGAAUUUAUCUUCUCUUUUUUUGUUUUCAACACUUUUCCGCAGGUAGGGUGCCGCCGUCCUAGAACCGACCUUCAUGACUGCCAGAAUUCCCCCACCUCUCCAACAAAUAACAGGAUUUGCAUGCCAUUUUUUUUUUUUACUUGCUACUUCAGUAAAAUGGUCCCAGACCAUGUAAAGAACUCAUUUACAGAGCAGAUUUCGCCCUGGGAGAGUGGUUACAUCUCUGAUGGUUGUCAAAAUUGAGGCAAAAUCUGGGUGGAAGGAAAGGGACUAGUGUACUGGCCGUGAAUGGGACUGAGAGCCGAUCCAAGUGCCGGCACCAUAUCGAUACUCGAAUACCGAUAGACUACCGGUGCUCGUAUCAUCUCAGGCAAGAAGCACCAUAAACAGGGAUCCGCAAAAUAUAUGUCGAAAAUUUUUCGCGUGUCCAAGCUCCUGAAAACUCACUGCCCCCGUUAUCGAACACCUCUCAGGGCGUUGCAAUUGGCUCUCCUUGUACUCGUACUCGAGUAUCAUAAGGCAAUGUUUUUUUUUCUUUUUUCUUGUCUCAGCCGAGAGGCUGAGUCUGCGGUGAUAUGCAUACCCCUCUCCCAGAUACCGUAGGGAAUUUCAACGGCAUAGCACAUUUCUCUUUGACCGGUCCCCGAGCACUUGCGGUGCAUCGAGACUCGGUGCGUGCUGUUAGCCUACCGUAAUGACUCUGCUAAUCUGACAAAAGCUCGCUACCUCCCAGGGCUUAGAAGUGCAAUACUUUGCAUGCUACGCUUACCUUAAAAGUAUAUUCUAUUCGAUCGUCACUAGACCUAAUCCCACUCUCUGGCUCUCAAGCAUUCCCCCGUGGCAGGCGGACUGAGAACAGAUCACGCCUUGCUUGGCCUGCCGAUGCGGUGAGUUGGAUAGGGACAGUCACAACGGGCAGUCCCGGACGACAAGCCCGGAAGGCGCUGGUGGGCGAGGGGGGAGAGGAGCAUAUAAAGAGGUCCUGAAGAUUCGGUAUUACCAUGGGGUGUCACUCGCUACUAUCGCUACCGGGACCUCAGCGCUACAAUUCUAGCAGCACACAGUACCCCGAAUAUAUCUACCUACCUUCGUUAUAUAAACACCAAUUGAGAUACCUACCUACCUACCUACCCACCCCUUACACCGCCACAAAAAGACUUCCCCCCCUAAGCUACAUAAACCUUCACACAACGAUGAUGCCACGCAUCGUCUCCCUCCUUAUCUUCCUCCUCCUACAAAUCACAACAACAAUAGCCCACCCCCUAUCAAAACGCAAAGGCGGUGGUGGUGGUCGCUCCGGUGGAGGAGGAGGCGGAGGCACAGGACUAUCCUCCGGCUCCUUGAGCUGGAAGACCGUGCUCGUGAUCGUGGGCUCUAUUCUGGGCACGUUCUUGCUGCUCUAUAUUAUCUUCUGGCAGUGCGUUCCCGGCGGGAGGAUGUUUGACUGGGUGAAGAAGGUUAGGGAUCAGAGGUUGGAGAAAAAGUGGGCUAAGUAUGAAGUAAAGGAUGCGAAUGCUAGUGCGAACGAGGGGCAGGGGGGAAACUGAGCUCGGGGGGGUGGAUUUGAUUUUGUCUUCCGCAUGUUUAGUGAGAAUGGGAUGUGAGGAUGGUGCAUUCUUCUUGGGGAGUUAUGGGGAGUUUGGUUCUUCGCUUUCGUAUACUUCGGUGUCUAUAGCUAUGUCGUGGAAGUCAUGUUCGCCUUUCAGCUACUGGAAAUUUUUUUUGUUCUCAGGCACUAUUUUGCAUAUAAAAAAAUGCCAUUCUCCUUCAAAACCUGA